AUGGGACAGCUGAUUUACGCUACUUUCCAUCCCUGGCAGCAAAGCUGGCGGCAAAAACAUCUCACACUUUGUUUUGUGUUGUGGUUGUGCAGCCGGAAAAUGAGCGAUAAUCCCGAGAAACCUGAUCUGAAGCGCUCUGCCCCUGAAGAGGAUGAAGCACCUCCACCUGAUCAAGCCGAAUCUACUCAAAAUCCGGAAGAAGCAGAAGCCGAGGAUGGCGGCUGGAUUGGACCAAUGCCAUCGGAACAAAGUGCUCCGGCACCGGCAAAGAAAAAGAAGGUCUUGCCCUAUGAGCACAUCUAUCUGGAAAACCUUCCCAAUGCCGAAAGCUACGAGAGGAGCUACAUGCAUCGCGAUGUUAUCACGCACCUAGUGUGCACCAAGUCUGAUUUUGUGGUGACUGCCAGUCUGGACGGACACAUCAAGUUCUGGAAGAAAGGGGAGCUGGGCAUCGAGUUCGUCAAGCACUUUCGCAGCCAUCUAGUACCCAUCAAAUCGCUGACCACUAAUGGCAGUGGCACCCUUCUCUGCUCGGCGGCCACAGAUCAGACCGCUAAGGUCUUUGAUGUUGUUAACUUCGAUAUGAUCAACAUUAUCCGGCUGGGCUUCACCCCGCAGUGCAGUGAAUGGAUAAACGCUCCUGCCGAUCCAGUGCAAGGAUUAGCUAUAUCGGAUUCGGAGAGCAGCUGCAUACACAUAUAUGAUGGGCAAGGAGGUGGAGAAGUGUUGCACACUUUGGAGAAACUCCAUUCUGCGCCGGUGGUGGCCAUGUGCUUCAAUGCGGCUAUGGAAACUGUAAUAUCUGUAGAUCGUAAUGGGAUUCUUGAGUACUGGCAGAACUCAAAGAAUGACUAUAAAUUCCCGCAGCGUCUGGUCAAUUUUGACUCCAAGCUGGACACAGGCCUAUUUGAGUUUGCCAAGAAAAAAACUCAAGUUACAGGUCUGGCAGCUACGCCGGAUGGAAAACGAUUCGCUGCCAUUUCCACAGAUCGGAAAGUUCGUGUUUUUCAGUUCAGCACGGGAAAGAUGAUCCGUGUGUUUGACGAAGCCCUCACCACGUACACUCAAAUGCAACAGACCCAGCAUGCUCUUCCCAAUAUGGAGUUUGGUAGAAGGAUGGCGGCUGAGAGGGAUCUGGAGAAGACUUCCCACAAUACCACCCUCAAUAUAUUGUUUGACAGCACGGGCCAUUUUCUGCUUUAUCCCACAAUGCUGGGAAUAAAGGUGGUUAAUGUGGUGACCAACCGCUGUGUUACUAUCCUUGGAAAAACAGACAAUAUACGUCCUUUGCAAGUGGCGUUAUUCCAGGGUAGAAUUAAACGACAAAAGGCAGCAGUUACUCUUGAACAGGAAGCUAGUGAAAAUCCGGCUCUACAGAAUAUUUUGAAUGAUCCAACCGCCUUCUGCACCGCAUACAAAAAAAAUCGGUUCUUUUUGUACAGUAGGAGACUGCCGUCGGACCUGCAGGACGUGGAUCGUGAUAUAUUCAAUGAGAAACCCUCAAAGGAGGAUAUUAUUGCAGUGCCAGAGGCUACAGUUGUGCAACGUAUUUAUGAGAACGUGGUUCUUCAUACUACCAAGGGAGAUGUCCACAUGAAACUGUUCUUCAAGGAGGUACCCAAAACCGUGGAAAACUUUUGUGUUCAUGCCAAAAAUGGAUACUAUAACGGUCACAUAUUCCAUCGAGUAAUAAAGGGCUUUAUGGUCCAAACAGGAGAUCCUACGGGAACUGGUACCGGUGGAAAGUCCAUUUGGGGAAACGAUUUCAAGGACGAAUUUCAUCCAAGUUUGAAACACGAUCGUCCUUAUACGGUUAGCAUGGCUAACGCUGGCCCAAACACCAAUGGAAGUCAGUUCUUUAUAACAGUCCUACCAACGCCUUGGCUCGACAAUAAGCAUACUGUCUUCGGAAGAGUUUACCGCGGCAUGGAAGUGGUUCUUAACAUUUGUAAUUCUAAAGCGAAUCCCAAGACAGACAAGCCCUAUGAUGACAUCAAAAUAAUAUCCAUUCACUUAAGUAAUUAAGCCAAGAUUGUAAAUAAAUUUUAACUCCAAAUUUUAAA